GGCCGAAUCCUCCAGGGGAGACUUUGGGCAGAGAAAUAUGGGGUUUUGGGACAGGCAGGGUCUGUGCUCUUGAAUGUAUGUCUCUCUCCUUUCCAGGUGAAGCUGAGUGUUUCUCUGUGUUGAGAAAAAGCAACUGAAUCUUCCACCUUGUGAGACUCGUUUGAUUCUUCUAAUUCUUCUUUAGAAACAGGAAAGGGAUUCAUUGAUUCACGCCAUGAAUGAUGGAUCUCAUGCUUCUGCUUCUGUUGCUGCUUUUGUGCCAUCCAGUCUCUGGUAAACUGAGAAUGAAAUGCCCGCUGAGUUUGGAGAACCAGGAUGGAAAACCAUGGAGCUACUACAGACCAGGAGACCAUCUAAUCGGUAUAGUCACCAAUGGAAAUGAAAUACUGCAUAGAAAGUUGCUUUUCAACGUGGCUCCUUCUCUUCAGUUUAUUUUCCAUGAUCCGACUACUUACGAUUUUUAUUUUUGCUUACUAUACAUUUUCGUCAUUCAAAUGGUCAACAAGAAUUCCCAUCUCUUACACAACCUCACACUUGGCUACAACAUCCAUAACAACUAUUUGAGCGCUUUCCACACUUCAGAUGCCUUGCUGGACAUGCUCUCCACUGGAGAAGCCAAUGUCCCCAACUACGGCUGUGGAAGGAAGGAGAACCUUCUGGCUCUUCUUGAUGGAGCUGACAGGGAGAUCUCCAUCCAGAUGUCAACAUUAGGAGGCACCUACAAAGUCCCUCAGAUCAAAGUUGAAAUUGCUUCAGAGGCUCUGAGUGAUAAAAGGAAAUUCCCCUUUUUCCACCGGAUGAAUCCCAAAGAAGGAUUCCACUAUCCAGCAAUUGUCCACCUGCUCCUCCAUUUCAGAUGGACCCUGAUUGGCCUCUUUGCUUCAGACACAGAAAAUGGAGAGAAUUUCAUGAGGAUUUUUCCUCCUGUGCUUGUCAGGAGUGGAAUUUGUGUGGUUAUAUCACAACUGUUCUUAACAACUGGAUAUACAGCAUACCUCAGGGAUUCCCUCUCUAAGUGGAGACAAGUCAACGUCUUUGUUCACUUCAUAGAAGAUGAUUCCAUUUGGGAGAGAAUUCUUCCUUUCCAUUUAACAUUUAUGCGUCUGCCAGGACCCAUUGAAGGGAAAGUCUGGAUCCUCACAAAUUUUGCAGGGUAUCCAAUGGACAAGCGUAGACUUCUCAAAUACAUCCAUAGUAUUUUGAACUUUGGUUAUCUGCCAAAAGAAAGGCCAAGAGAUUCUGCCUUUGAACCCCAUUUCUUUGUGGAAGAAAAGUUUCAAGAUUUUUAUUUCCGCUGUUCUCUUUCAAAGAGCGUCUUUUCUGUCAAAGGCCGCAGAAGAUGCACCCAGAAAGCCCCACUGGAGACCCAGUGGAAAUGGAACAGGAUCCGGCCUUGA